AUGAACGUUAUUCAAAAUAAAAUACUUUCUUCCAAAGAAACAACAAGAUCUAAAUGUAAAACUGAAUUAGUUCGAAAAGAUGCCGCACGAGCGAUAUCUGAGGGGCGUGGGAUGGCUCGUGGAGAAAUAGGUAUAGCAGCCAUAGACUUACGCCAUCCUCAUAUGGUAUUGUGUCAGUUUAGUGAUACUCUACUGUACUCACAUACGCUCACGAAAAUUAACCUUUUUAAUCCUAUUGAGAUAAUAGUGCCCCAUACUUUCUGCGAAGGUCCUCAAGUGAAUCAACUUUAUAAAUUGAUAAAAGAUCAUUUCCCUUUGUUAAAUCUAACUGCCGUACAAAGGCGGCACUUUAACGAUGCGGCCGGUCGGCAGAAUAUACAAACCCUUUGUGCUCCACAAUAUAGCGCCGUUUAUCUUCAAGUUUUACAUAAGUUUUACGCACUAACAGCUGCAGCUGCCGUUUUAAAAUACGUAGAAUAUAUUCAAUGCAUAGUAUUCGCUAGAGAAUCAUUGAAGAUCGAAUAUCAUUCAUCCGAAAAUACGAUGAUUAUUGAUGUUGGAACAGCAACUCAGUUAGAACUAGUUCAACCAUUAGUGCCUUCGGCUGGACCUACGUGUUGCUUACUAGGUGUCUUAGGGCCAACGUAUACUAUUGGAGGAAUUAGAGCUUUAAGAGCUGCUAUACUCCAGCCAUCGUGUAAAAAAGAAUUUAUUGAAGCAAGAUUAGAUGCUGUGCAAGAAUUAAUAGAAAGUGAAUCAGGUUUAAUGGCUGAUUUACAGGAUUUCGAAAAUCCACAUUACGAAGAAAUAGCAAAUCAUAUUCGCAAUGUAAUACAAGACGACGCACAUUUAGAGAAAGGCGCUAUGGGUAGCCUGCAACGUUGCUUUGCAGUCAAACCAGAAAUAAAUGGUCUUCUAGACGUAGCGAGGAGGACUUAUUCCGAACUAAUAGAAGACAUCCAAAAGAUUGUUGAACAAUUAAGUGAAACAUAUGACCUGCCGAUACGUCUCAAUCAAAAUGUCAUGAAAGGAUUCCAUGUCGUCCUUCCCGUUGCUCCAAAGAAUAGGAGACAAUUCAUAGUCGAAGAUCUACCUCCUAUUUUUAUCCAGGUAGUGUUCAAUGGGGCGAGUGUAACGAUGACCACAGAAGAACUAGUCGUACUAGACCAACAGGCUAAGGAAUCGCUGAACGAAAUACAGAAGAUGAGCAAUAUUGUUAUUUCUUCAUUACUGAAGGAACUUCGUCCUUUCAUGUCGAGUCUUUACACACUCUGCGAGGACGUUGCUGAAUUAGAUAUUUUGCUAGCUUUAGCUCAUUACGCGAGCCCAGAGAAAAAUUUUACAAUAAUAACUGGGCCGAAUAUGGGAGGCAAAAGUAUUUAUAUAAAACAAAUUGCUAUUAUGCAAAUUAUGGCGCAAUUGGGUUGUUUCUUACCAGCGACGAACGCUGUCCUCAGGUUGUGCGAUCGAAUAUUUUCGAGAAUUGGUUUCAAUGACAGCGUAGAAUUUAAUGCUUCUACUUACGUGAUCGAGAUGAAAGAGACUCAGCAUAUUUUAAACGGUCUAACUUCGACAAGCUUAGUGAUCAUAGAUGAACUGUGCAGAGGGACAAAUAUCGAGGAAGGAACAAGUAUGGCGUGGGCCAUUUGCGAAGAACUGCUAAUGAGUGAAGCUUUUACUUUCUUUACUACGCACUUUAUCUAUCUCACGAGACUGCAAGACUUGUAUCACAACGUUAUUAACUGCCACACAACUGUGAAAGAAGUGGUGACGAAUUCUGAUCCCUCCGAAAAGAAAUUAGUGUACGAACACAGGAUUGAAAGUGGCAUAACGAAAAUAGAACAUUAUGGAUUAGCUUUAGCAGCUAGAACAAAUUUACCCACCGAAACUAUUAAUUUGGCCAAAGAACUCGCAGAACUCAUUAGUAGAAAUAAUAAGUCCACAAAUGAUGACAGCAAAUUAUCAAUUGAGAGUGACGAAAGUGAAUCAGAUCUGGCAAGUGCAUUAACUCAAAUAAUUGAAGAAAAUUCAGAGGAAAGCACAAAUUCUGAACAAGACAGCAAUAUGUCAAUCGAUGAAGAGUUAAUGAGGGAAACGCUGAACGAAAUUAACGAAGAUCUUAACAAAAUGACUUGUGAUCUAGUAAUGGACACAAUCAUUCUUACCCCACCACUAGAAUUUCGUGAUUCUAACUAA